AAGAGACCUCUGCACUUUGCACUUUGGUUAAAGUCUCAUUUAGAUUUAAAUACCUAAACUUUUCUUAAGGAAGGAAGUUUUCUUUGACCUCCUCUCUUCUGAAUUGCAGGAACCAGAUAAAAUUCCUUGGUAAAAUGACUUCUCAUCCUGUUGUUGAAGACCCCAUAAAGAAGGUUGCUAUCUUUGGAGGAACGCAUGGGAAUGAGCUAACAGGAGUAUUUCUAGUUAAGCACUGGCUAGAGAAUGGUGCUGAGAUUCAGAGAACAGGACUGGAGGUAAAACCGUUUAUCACCAACCCCAGAGCAGUGAAGAAGUGUACCAGAUACGUUGACUGUGACCUGAAUCGAGUUUUUGACCCCGAAAAUCUUGGCAAAACAAUGUCAGAGGAUUUGCCAUAUGAAGUGAGAAGGGCUCAAGAAAUAAAUCAUUUAUUUGGUCCAAAAGACAGUGAAGAUUCCUAUGACGUUAUUUUUGACCUUCACAAUACUACUUCCAACAUGGGGUGCACCCUUAUUCUUGAAGAUUCCAGGAAUGACUUUUUAAUUCAGAUGUUUCAUUAUAUUAAGACUUCUUUGGCUCCAUUACCCUGCUACGUUUAUCUUAUUGAGCAUCCUUCCCUCAAAUAUGCAACCACUCGUUCUAUAGCCAAGUAUCCUGUUGGUAUAGAAGUUGGUCCCCAGCCUCAAGGGGUUCUGAGAGCUGAUAUUUUGGAUCAAAUGAGAAAAAUGAUUAAACAUGCUCUUGAUUUUAUACAUAAUUUCAAUGAGGGAAAAGAAUUUCCUCCUUGUGCCAUUGAGGUCUAUAAAAUAAUGGAGAAAGUUGAUUAUCCCAGGAAUGAAAAUGGAGAAGUUGCUGCUGUUAUCCACCCUAAUCUGCAGGAUCAAGACUGGAAACCACUGCACCCUGGGGAUCCUGUGUUUUUAACGCUUGAUGGAAAGACUGUUCCAUUGGGUGGAGACUGUACUGUGUACCCGGUGUUUGUAAAUGAGGCCGCAUAUUAUGAAAAGAAAGAAGCUUUUGCAAAGACGACUAUACUCACACUCAGCGCAAAAAGUGUUCGCUCCUCUUUACAUUAGAAAACACUUCUGGUUCACUUGUCAUACAGUAUCUUGAAAAACUCUACUAGUCUGUAAGCCCCCAAAGGGCAGGACUGUGCCUGAGUUAAUGUGCCUUAUUCAGAUCCACAGCACCUGCUUCGGUGCCUUGCACAUGGCGGGCAUUUAGGCAAAUUCUCGAAUGAAUUAAUGAAUGUCUUUUAAAGGUAUCAUACUGUGUACAUAGCUUAUUCAGAGAAGCAUAUUUCUUAUUUCUGUAUAGCUUUUUAUACUUUGAUAGUUUAACAUUCCUAAUAAUUUUUAAAUUCACAUUUUUAAUUGAAAUAGAUACUAUAUACAAAAAGUGAUUAACUUGAGCAUAGAGUUAAAUGUUUUCAAGUAGUGUAUAAUGCUACUAGAAAUCAAUGAUGCAGACUUACUGUUUUUAAAUUUUUCAUAGUUGAAUGAAUGAAAUGUAUUCAGUGUCCAGCCUAUGAGCCUUAGCAAGAGUUGUGAUAUCCAUGAGAGAUUUCUAAAUGCUCUUUUGAAGAUGAAAUGUGAAUGAGAAAUGAAGGCCGGUUGUGAAGGUGAUGUUAUGAAUAAAUAAAAAAAACUCUGAAUGGU